AUCACACCACUCGAGCACAUAGGCUGAUGCUUCUCAGCGGAAUGGGACGAUGGGUUGUACAUUCCCCGUUUUGCGGAACACUAGAACUGGUUUCAGACCUCGGACUGGUCCUGUCUUUGCUCCCAGCAGCUGCUAGCUCCGGUUAUAGACAUGGAGAGAACUGUCAUUGUCACAGGCGCGAACAGUGGUAUCGGCCUGGCCCUGUGUGAGAGGCUGCUGACUGAGGACAGCACGCUCCGGCUGUGUCUGGCCUGUAGAAACAUGCAGCGAGCCCAGGCUGCCCGCUCUGCCCUCCUCACCUCUCAUCCUGAUGCCCGUGUGGACCUGCUGCACCUGGAUGUGGGCUCUGUGCAAUCAGUGCUGACCGCUGCUCAGGAGGUCAAGACCAGGUACAGCAGGAUUGACUUCUUGUAUCUAAAUGCAGGAAUUAUGCCAAACCCUCAGGUGGACGUCAGAGCGUUUUUUAACGGUCUGUUCUCCAGAAAUGUGGUCAACAUGUUUGCUACAGGAGAGGGUCUCUUGACUCAACAGGACCAAAUCAACUCAGAUGGUCUGCAGGAAGUUUUCACCACCAACCUCUUUGGUCAUUUUCUCCUGAUCAGAGAGCUGGAGUCCCUGCUGUGUCAGGCAGGUCAGGUAUCCAGAGUGGUAUGGACCUCGUCGAGUAACGCACGCCGCUCUGCCUUCAGCAUCGAUGACAUGCAGCACAGAAAUGGGACGGAGUCCUACAGUUCCUCCAAAUACGCAUCAGACAUGCUCAGUGUGGCAAUCAACAGACACAAAAACAGUCAGGGGCUGUUCUCCUCUGUUAUCUGUCCAGGACUGGUGAUGACUAAUCUGACCUACGGCAUCCUCCCCUCCUUCUUCUGGACUCUCAUCAUGCCCAUCAUGUGGCUGGUCAGGAUCUUCACUAACACAUUCACACUCACACCGUACAAUGGAGCAGAGGCUCUGCAUUGGUUGUUUCUUCAAAAUCCCGAGUGUCUGGAUCCCAGAGCAAAGUAUCAUAGUUUAUCUUCAGGACUCGGGAAAAGCUACACUCAGCCACGGCAGAUGGAUAUAGAUGAAGAAAUGUGUGAGGUCCUCUAUUCAAAACUCCUUGAACUUGAGAAAGACUUCAGAAGGACACUCAGUGAGAGAAAUGCUGGCAAGGAAGCUCAUGUACAGACAGCCGGUGACGAAGAGAAGUGAUGUUUUUUUAAAUGAAAGGUAUUUUUGAAGGUGCAUGUGCAAUGUGUGAUGAGAAACAAUAAAAGUGCUUGUCGGGUGUACCAUUGAA